UAUCACUGCAUAUCACAUUUCUAUAGCUACAUUAUACACUAACUAUAGUACUAGAUCCUUUUUUAUCACUCCUUGGCUCACUCCUUUUUGCAUCUGCUGUUUUGUAUCCAGGGCUGCUGUAAAGCUUCUGCAUUAUGCCAAAUAGCUGUUGUACCUGCACUUGUGUAAGAAAAUUUGUGACAAAAUGGAUAUUUCCAAUUUUUUUUACUUUGAUGAGUGCUGUAACCUUUCAAUGGAUAAGACCAAGAAGAGAGCUAUCAAUCUCACGUGAUAAUGUUUUGUGGGUCCAGAGUCACAUCGAAUCCAUACCAAUUAUUUUUGAAUUUAUAUGCUGUUUGCUAAGUAUAAUAAUGAUCUGCAUAGUUAUCCCAGCUCUCUCUAUCAACAUAUUUCCUCUUGUUAUGUACAUCAUUGGUUGGGCUACAUGUUCCUAUGACUACUCCUCAAUAUGCUACACACUGUACUUCAAUUACAAUGAGACUACAAAUGAAAAUGAACUACCACAACUUGCACUGAGAGACAUUAAACCAGAGAAUAAUGUUGACAAUAAAACUACUAAACCACUGAUUCAAGAGUUUGUUGAUCUCAGUAAGAUAUCAUUGUUAUUCUCAACAACAGCCAAUGCUGUAUCUCAAGUAUUGUUCGUAUGGGCACUGUGGUGCCUGUAUAUUAAACACUUUAAAAGUUUUAAUGAGUGUCUGUUAGGAAUAUUGAAAUUUUUUAAAAAGAAAUGCUGUGGUGUGGAGAGUGGUAACAAAGAUAAACUGCCAUUGGAUCCUUUUAAUGAUGAAACUAAAGAGAGUGAUCUAAUGGAAACAGAUCCAAUAAAAGCACUUUAUAACCAGAAAAUAAAGGAAUAUGUUAAUUUCUUUAGUACAGAAGAUGAGCGUACCAAUACACCACUGCAUGGUGAACGAUUGUGUCAUUAUGUCACAUGGUUUAUCAUCGGGUUUACGCUACUUGCUACCACUGCUGGAGUAUUCUUUUGGCUUUAUUGUGAACAGAAUAAAGGUAGAUCAACAAAUGAUACUUAUAAUCUUGAAAGAGCUGCUCUUGCAUUGUACACUUAUUCUUUAUUUCGUGUUCUGGUCAGUUGCUUCAUAUUCUCAAAGUUAAUGUAUGGGAUACAAAGAAGAUGUGAAGAAUUAGAACUAUUUGUAUAUCAUAUUUAUAAGGUGUAUAAUCCUAAAAAUAAUAACCUUCCAGUGUCAAUAGAAACUUAUGUUGAAGCUGUUCGUAAACACGAAAUUGAACUGGGUAAUAUUACUAAUGAUAACUCUACUAAGAGUGCUGCAUGCAUAUACUAUCUCAAGGAACGUGAUAGACAUUUCGUUAACACAGCAGUAUCCACACUUAGCUGGCUUCAGUUAUGGUUCCUACUCCACUGGAUACUUCAUAUAAUAUCAACCUUCAUGAUAGCAUCACUACUGAUUGAUGCUAUUGCACUUCAUGUUAAAUCAAGAAUAUCUCACAUUGAGCAUGGGGUUGGGUUUCAUCCUGGAGAGAUUGGGUUCCUCUUCAUGUACAGUGUACUGGAGUGCUUCUUCCUACUUCAUCCUUGCCUCAGAGCUGCUAGUGUUACCAGGACAAGACAACGUGUUAUAAGGAAGAUUAGUGAGAAAGCAAGUAAAGAAUAUAAGGAUAUUGAAGAUAUCUUAACAAAGUUCAUUGAGUCAAUGAAGAGGAGGAAGUUUAGUUUCAGGUUACGUAUAUUGUGUGCUAGUAUUCCUUUUAAUUUAAACAUUGCUUAUGUAUCCAUUGCCUUUGCAUUUAUAAGUGUGAUAGUGACAUUAAUAACUACUGUUACUAAAUAAUGUAUUGAGUGAUUAUAAAACUGCUGUAUUUAGGAACUGCUAUUGUUAACUUUUGCUGCUAUUAUUAUUAUUAUCAUUAAUGUACUUUGCUACUUUUGCUGCUUUAAGAAAUUG